AUGGAGACGAGCGUGAUCGUCGUGUCCGUCGUGGUGGGAUUCUUUGGGGUCGGAAGCGCCGUGCUGGGGCUCAUCGCCGAGGGCACCAAGCUCGAGCCGAAUGACAUCUCGAUGUCCAGGACCGAGUGCGUGUACCCCGCCAACCCGGCGUUCGCGCUGGGGCUGGUCGCGGCGCUCCUGCUGCUGGCGGCCCAGAUCACCGUCUCGGCCGCCGGCCGCUGCUGCGGCUGCUGCAAGCCCCGGGGCGCCGCCUUCUCCGCGUCCAGGCGCAACAUCGGCGUCGUCUUCGCCGUCCUCUCAUGGGUGGCGACGGUGAUCGCGGAGAUCUACUUCGUGCAGGGCGCGGCGUGGAACGCGCCGGUGACGCGCGAGGUCAACACGGGGUGCUACUUCGUCAGGGACGGCGUGUUCAGGAGGGCGGCCAUCCUGAGCAUCAUCGCCACCGUGCUCGGGAUCAAGUCCUACUUCCUGCUUCGCGCCGCCGCGGCCACGGCCACGGCAACGGCAGCGGCUGCUGCGCCGGGAUACCCGGGGGCCGUGGCGGGGCCGUCGUCGGCGGGCGAGCACAAGCCCGACGGCAUCGCGAUGGGCCACCCUGCUCCGAUGUACGGGCAGGCGCCGUACGCGCACUACCCUCCGCCUCCGAACGCGCAGGGAUACGGGCAGUACCCUCCCCCUCCAAACGCGCAGGGGUAUGGAGGACAGUACCCUCCUCCUGCUCAGGGGUACGGACAGUUCCACCCCGCUGCUCCCCCUCAGGGUCAAGGAUACGGGAAAGCCGUGUAG